AUGUGCACCUUGGUGAAUGGCACGGCAAAUGUAUCCAGCCCCGACAGCUGGAUACAGGAGGUGCCGAACUCGUCUUGUACGAAAGAUUUCGGUGGAGCUGACGAAGUGACACUGCCAAUACCACUGUCCUGGGACAACUACGUCCCACCAGCUAUCUUUGCCUUCAUCUUUCUCGUUGGGGUUACUGGCAAUUCCCUUGUGAUCUACGUGGUGGCGUUCUUCCGCAAAAUGCGAACCGUUACCAACUUUUACCUGUGCAACUUGGCCGUGACUGACAUGACCUUUCUGCUAUGCUGUGUUCCUUUCACCGCAGCACAGUACGCCAUGCCUUCUUGGGUCUUCGGCGAAAGCAUGUGCAAGAUGGUCAACUACAUGAUGCAGGUAACUGCUCAGGCAACCUGUCUGACGCUGGCCUCCGUGAGUGUUGACCGGUACUGCGCUAUUGUACACCCCGUGGCCUCCCUCACCUUCCGCCGGAAGGGUGUAGCCAUCUCUGUCAACGUUCUCAUUUGGAUCCGUGAGUAA